AUGAACACCAAUUAUUAUUUACCUCAGUUCAACCAACAGUCGGCCACGCCGGGUCAACAACCUAUACACCAAUCUCAGCAACAACAUCAACCCCAUCAACAGCAUCAGCAAAAUCAUGGUCUGCAAAUUCAACAAAUGCAAGGCGUGCAAACCAUGCCACCACAAAGUCAAAUGAUACAACAUGCUCAUGGACAACACACAAACGGACAGGUUGUUAAUGCUCCCCAGUCCCAGACUCUGUCACAACCAUCCCAACCUCAGUCAGCAAAUGGAGGUUAUGACUACCAGUACAAACAACAACCCAUGUUACCCCAAAUUGCGGUGCCCAUGAAUCAGUAUUACAAUCAGCCGUACGCCCAGAGCCAAAACCCUUCUGCCAGCGGGGCGGUGUCUGGAACCGGACCUGGGUCCAGGUUCACCCCCAAGGAGAUUCACACCUUGAAGCAGCUCUUAGUGACGGGUGAAAAAUACAAGUGGAAGCAGAUCACCAAGGAUAUCAACUUUGUGGCCGCCAGAAAGAACCAUGAAACUGGUGGGAACAUCAAGAACGUGAGUCCUACGUUUGUGGUACGGCAGUAUCAGUCGUUGUUAGGGUUGCCCAACAAUCAGCUUUACUUUGGACUUCUUGGGAGUUCUUUACCAUACGUGGUACACGGAUGGGAUUCACUCGAGGAAGUGGAUUAG